AUGGCCGACAAGGACGCGUCCCAGACACCUGCAAGCCCGACUCCGGCGAGCCCGGUCCCAGCCGCUGCCAGCCCCAAGGUGGAAUCGCCCGCGGUCUCGGACACCACCCCUCCCGACUAUGACACCGCCACUGCCGCGGCCCCUGCGGCUGUCGUUCCCGCCGCCGAAGAGAACGCGUCAGUGACAGCAACCACCGCCCCAGAGACCGCACCGGCGGUUCAGCCCCAUGCCAACCCCCAGGUCGCCGAGCUCCAGGCGAUUUUCCCGACCGUGGACGUCGGUGUGAUCGAGAUGGUUCUUGAGUCGGUCGGGGGCAGCCACGACCGGGCCAUCGAGUCUCUCCUCCAGAUGACCGACCCAGAGUUUAAGCCUGACCCGUCGGCAGCGCGUACCGAGGAGCAUGCAUCCCAGGUCGACCUUGACGAAGAGUUCGCUCGUGCCCUCCACAUCCAGGAGCAGGAGGAGGCGCGCCGCAACUCGCGUUCGGGCUCGCGUUCUUCCCAGCCAGCUGGUCAGCAGAGCCGCAUCCCCGAGGUCCUCCCCUACCAGCCGCGCGUUCGCAAGGCUCGUGUUCCUGCACCGGACCCGUACGCGGCUGCCACGCGCGAGCACCAGCUGAAUGAACGCUAUGGCGAGCCUCCCGCAGGGCACGGACCUGGCGGCGACGCGCCUGGUAUGAUUGCGUUUGAGGAGAAGAUUGGCCAGUUUGCCGAAGCCGGCAAGCAGACGUUCAGCACGUUCUUUACGCGUGCAAAGGCCAAGUACGCCGAGCUGCAGGAGCAGCACCAGACCACUCGCGAAGAGCAGCGGCAGAUGGCCGAGGAAUGGCGCGACCAGGGCCACGCGCACGCGCAGGGCCGCAUGGUCGGCGAGCCAAAGGACAAGAAUACCACUCCCGGCGGUGGACGCGGCGGUGCCGGACCGGGUCUCUGGGCCCAGCAGCAGCAAGACAUGGCACAGGGACGUAGCCCCGGCGGCCGCAGUAGCUCGCUUUCGUCCCAGUCCACCGUGGACGCCGCCCCCGUCGCCCAGCAGACCGCCAGUCGUAGGUGGCACCCGAGCGACGCGUACGACGACCCCAUCCCCACCACGCGCACGACUUCCAACUCGAGCGGCGGCCGCCGGUCCCCUGCUCCUGGCUCGGGCUCACAGUCGCCCGACAAGAGCGCCGCUCCUGCUCCGGGCAAGAUCGACCUCUCUAAGCUGGGCUUCUUGCCCAAGAAGAAGGUCGACCUCAUGUCGUCCUCCUCGAGCCCCGGCAACGACCGGGAUCCCAACAACCACUUGCCUACUGCCACCACGGCGUCGGGCCGCUCGCUUGUCGAGCAGAUCCCAAAGACCCCGCCUGCGGAGCUUUCCCCGCACCAGCUGGGCGAUAGCGAUGACGAGGACGAUCUUGACUACACCGAGAACCCGUUUGACAAGAAGUAA